AUGGAUCUAUCAUCUAACCUUGAUAUGAACUCAGAAGGAAAUCCUGAGAGUAUACAUUAUGUAGUGGUAGUCAUCGACGUCGUAUUGAUAUUCAUCAUCAUCGCAUCCAUUGCCGGGAAUCUAUUAGUAUGUUUAUCUGUUGGAUUGGAUGCUAUAUUACGCAAACCAAGUAAUGUGUUCAUAGCAUCAUUGGCUGUAGCUGACCUAUUGGUAGCCGUUCUUGUCAUGCCCUUCUCGUUGUCCACUAACAUUGUCCAUCGGAACAUCUUCAGUCCUAUAUUCUGCAAGACCUGGAUAUCCUUUGAUGUCAUGCUUUGUUCGACAUCUGUGAUCCAUCUAUGUGUGAUUAGUCUUGACCGUUACUUCCAUAUCAAGGAACCAUUUAAAUACAAACGAUGGAUGACAAACAAACUUGCUCUGGUGAUAAGUAUCAUAGUAUGGUUGUUCAAGGCUCUGUGCGCAUUCGUGCCGAUAUUUUUAGGUAAAUUCAAAGUAGAACGAGCGUCAGAUGACACUCUGAACGCUACAAUAUUAAAUGAUGACGAGGAAGGGAAUUUUACGGGAUGGCAUCUUUCAGGAUUUAUUUUCUGCGACCAUGCUUUCAACAAGACAUAUGCAACCAUUACUGUAAUUGUUGAUUUUUUAAUCCCGAGUUCGAUUCUUAUUUUCGUUUACGCGCGAAUAUUUCAUCUCAUUCAAACGCGCUCUAAAAACUUACGUCAGGGUCGUCUAACACAAGGCAAAUCGGAUGAUGAGAACAACGCAAGAUCACAAACAGACUUCCGGGUCAACAGUCAGCAUCAAUCUCACAACAAAGCUGCUCUCAUGCUUGGUACAAUCAUUGGCCUUUUCUUGAUUUGCUGGACGCCAUUUUUCCUCAGUCUUCUUGUAUGUUCCUUCCAGAAGUGUGUCUCUUUCUCCUCGAAGACAGAUGAAAUAUUAACAUGGCUAGGAUAUCUCAACUCAUGUAUGAACCCAAUUGUGUAUUCUAUUUCUAAUCCUGAGUUCCGCCAAUCGUUUAAGAAUAUUAUUCAUCACAAACCAAAGUCAUGGAUGUUAUCUAGGACACGCAGUUUAUCAUUACAAUACAGACGCAAUGCACGUACUGUUGAGUCAACUUGUUAGAUAGCUUUAUAUCACAAGCUGGGACUAGACAUGUAAAAGAGAUCGCCAACUGUCAAUAUCACCUUCAAACCAGCAAUCGGCCUGUUUAUAUUUGUUUCCAAGAGUUUUUAAAAAUGUGUAUCGUAAUAUUUUGAUUUUGUUAAUAGCAAAUUGAUAGAUUGCGACUGUGUAAUAUUUGGACUAAUCUGAUGUAAUGGCCUGUCAUGAUUUGUUUGACGAACAACGAUCCAAUGUUUUAAUAGUUCCAUCAUCAUUACCUUAUAUACAUAUACCCUAACAUGUGACUAUAUGUAAUAUUGGGAAUUUAUCUAUCAUUAUGAUUUAUAGUGAAAUCCCGCAUAGAUUUUCAUGCUGCCCCAUGUAAAAGUUAUUUGUUCGAUUUCUAUUUAAUGUUUUCAUUUAUGACUUUUAAACUCAUUUAAUUAUAAUACGAGGAAUAAAAAUAAUUAUCAUAUAUGGGUUUUUGAAAAAUCUUAUUCAAUAUUUUCUUUCAGACAUAAAGCAGCAACAAUAUGGAAUACUUUACCAAAUAACAUAACAUCAUUAAUGAAUUACAAUGGAUUUAAACGAAGUGGAAAGCAGCUGCGAUUUUGAGUAGAAUACUUUUCCACUUUAUAUAUAGUGUGUAUGUGUGUAUCGUAGGGCAUGUAUGGUUUUUGUUUGAUUCUGUUGUUAUACGAGUUUUCUCUGGGGCAAAAAAAGUUUAUGUAAUUUCAAAUCAUUAUUAUGUUCAUCACAUUUUGUUUAUAUAUUUUUUGGGAGAUAUCUCGGCAAACUCAUUUCUUUGGGUUUUUAUAACUUCCCCUUUUCCAUUAUUGUUUAAUAUUUUAAUGUACUAUGUAUAUUCUAAUGAAAUAUUCUGCAUGUUAUUUACAGUACCUUUUGCAAAUGUGUGUGUUCUUGUAAUGUGAUUUUUUUAUGGUAAUGAAUAAACUUAAUUGUAAUUACUUCUGUGGCAAAAAAACAUCAAAAACGGAUCAUAUCACUACAAACCCUACUAUGUUCCAAAAUAAACAAGAGCAAAAGCCAGAUCUAUUUGGAUAAGGCUUAACAUUACUCAUUAGAAGUCAGUGUCAGAGUAAUAGACAUGGAGAGAGAUCGGUUCAUCUUCGAUAUUGGUUUGCAUACAAGCUGUAAACCUCUAUUCAUCAGUUUCAAGCAAGUACUAGUAGGGUGAUCAAACUGCCUGUGCACACAGUCUGCCCCAUGCACAUACACACACACAA